AUGCAACUCAGCCUUGUCAUUGUACUGGGCUCUCUUUUGCUAUGGACUUGCUUUGCGGUUUUCAAACGUCUCACUCAAAUCUCCAUCGCCACGGUUAGAGGGCCCAAAACGACAUCAUGGCUUCUAGGCAACAUGCCGGACCUCUUUAGUGGGCAGGUUGGCGAAAUAGAGUCAACGUGGACGGAGAUGUAUGGCGGCAUCGUCAGAUUCCGGGGCUCGUUUGGGGAAGACCGUCUCCUGGUCACAGACCCAAAAGCGUUGCACCAUAUUUACCAUGUCGCUGGGUAUGGUUUCUUGAAACAAGUCGAAAGGAGCGAGAUUAGCCGCCUGAUUAGUGGGCGUGGCUUACUUUGGGCUGACGGCGACGACCACAAACGCCAUCGAAAGGUGUUGGCUCCUGGGUUCACCGUUUCGCAAGCAAAAUCUUUCCUGCCGUUGUUUUUUUCGUAUGCCGCACAGAUAACUGCAAAAUGGAAAGAGAUUAUCGACAACACUACCAGCGCGGACCACUCUGCCGUUUUCAACCUCGUAGAAUGGGCCUCACGCGCCACACUCGACGUAAUUGGAGAAGCCGCAUUUGACUAUUCUUUUGGGGCAAUGGACAACGUGGACAAUCCCGUGGGCACUGCAUACAGAAAUGUCCUGAUGAAAACCUUCGGGACCCCUUCCAACUCCAGUUUAUUGUCUCAUGGCUUGAUCCAGUAUAUCCCUCGGUUGAUCCGUGAAUUUGUGGUCGACAACAUCCCUUCGGCUGGUCUUGAGCAUGUGCGCCAUACAACGAAAGUGACGACUGAAGUAGCCCGCGACCUUGUCGCUGCGAAAUCAGCAGCGUUGUUAGAGGGCAAAGGCAGUCGCGAUAUUAUGAGCUUGCUUGUGAAAGCAAAUGCGUCAAAUGAUGUCAAGACCAGACUCACCGAAGACGAGUUGCUCUCCCAAAUGCGCACCAUCAUCCUGGCUGCACACGAAACCACCGCCAAUACGAUCGCAUUGGGGCUUCUGGAAUUAGCGAAACAUCCUGCCACACAAACGCGGCUCCGAAACGAGAUUCGACGAAUGGAAGCAACGAUAGCGGCGCGAGGCGGCUACACGUUUACCACAGGCGAUCUUGACGCGAUGCCCUAUUUGAAUGCCGUCCUGAAAGAAAUCCUCCGGCUUCAUCCUGCCUCGUUCAACAACUUCAGAAGAAGCGCGACAGACGACGUUCUUCCACUUUCGCGUCCGAUAACACUGACUUCCGGAGAAGUCGUCAACGAACUGCCAAUACCCAAGGGCAUGAACAUCGUCGUAUCAAUCGCUGUUUACAACCGCAACAAGGACGUGUUUGGCCCAGACGCAAAUGUUUUCAACCCAGAACGCUGGCUGGACGGCUCGAUGCGCAAGCCGGAAAUUCCACUUGGGACAUAUUCUAAUCUAUUGACUUUUGCAGGAGGAGUAAGGAAUUGCAUCGGGUGGAAAUUUGCAAUCCUUGAAUUACAGGCCUUCCUGAUUGAGCUUGUCGGUACCUUCGAGUUUGCGCUGACACCUGAGGCACUGCGUCUCCGCCGAGAAAAGUGCAUACUUAUGGCACCAAGUGUCGAGGGACAGCGCGACAAGGGAGUCCAGCUGCCGCUCCGUGUGUCCAUUGCGUCACGGAAUGAGGAGUUUGAAUGA